AUGUCUAAAAAUUAUUACUGUUCAGGCAAGGAGCUUUUCAGCUAUGUUUGUUCGCUAACAAGUAAUACAUAUCAUAUACCUACUAAUUGUGGACCAUUUUCAUAAUGUAAAUAACUUUUCUAAAGCGGUGCAUUGACUGCUGAAUAUGGAUGUUGCAGAUAAGGAUAUCUUUCUGCAAAUGCUGCUCAAAUAAUUGUAUAUAUAGUCAUCCUUCCAAUUGUUGGUAUAGGAGCAUUGGGAGCUCUAGGAGCUGGUGUAGUGAAAAGACCUUUUCUAGAAGCUACACUAAAUUUUGAUUCAGAAUCUGCGGGAAAUAUGACCAUGUGUUUGCAGUUUGCAAGUCAAUUGGCCAACAUUAUCAUCAUAUUUUUUCAACGCCAUCCCGAGGAUCCUGAAAGACCUAUAAUAAAUUAUGAGAUAGCAUUAAUUUAUUGUUUAGCAAUUCCUCUCAGUUAAUCUUUGGGAACAGAAUUUGCAAAUUAUUUACCAUUAGGUUCAUUACUUUGGAUUCAAAACAUAUUUUUUGUAGCUGUAUGUCCCAUUUUGUUUUUGUUUGCAACCAAAGAGUUAACUUUAUAGACCCAGAAGGAAUAAGACAACGAUAUACUACUUAAAUCAGCCCUUGUUCCUUUAGAGGGAUUGAAAGAUCAACAAUAAUUAUAAUAACAAGAAGCCGUUCUAUAUAAGCAAUUUUAUAACGACUAAUGUAACAAAUUCCCUAUGUUUCCAAUCGUAGUUACAGUGGGCACCUUUGCUAUUAAUGAGGCAAUAAUCUUAAGUAGGACAACACCAGGGUUAACAUCCCCUUAUUACACUAAUGAAACAAAAAAGGAACGAACCAUAUGUGCGGCUUGGAAUUUCUAUAUGUUACUACUAUUAUUUGCAGUGAAUACUAUAAUAACUCUGGUCGUAUAUUAUAUCAAAAGAAAGGAAGAAUACACAAAAGAUGCAGUCAAAUUUUUUAAUUGUGAAAGAUUUUACACUCCUGGAACAAGAUUCUGGAAGAUCUAUGCAGCUGGUUGGGUCACAGGAAUAGUGGCUGGAUUCUUUGGAAUGGCUGCAGGUUUAAUCAUGGUUACAACAAUGUCUGAAUUUGGAUUGAUAUCAGCUGUAGCUGGUGGAACAGCCAAUUUUUGUUAUUUCAUAAUUUGUUGUCAACUCUUCGCCACUGUUUUAUCCAAUUAAAUUGAGGAGAAUAAUUUUGGUGUUGGAGAUUAAUUUUUUUUCUAUGGAUUAGGAAUUAUAAGUGUUCUAAUAUUCACAAAUAUAGGGUAUUAUUAUUUGAAGAAGUACAAUAUCGGACAUGCUUUAUUCUAUAUAGACUUUGCAUUGGUUCUAUUGAACAUUGCAGGCAAUCUUGCAUGGGGAAUAGAAACUUCAGAUAGACGUGGUUAUUAGUACUUGAUGUAUCCUCCUUCAAGUUGUAAUGUUACCAAAGUUGAUAUUUGAUGAAAUAUCACCAGAUUUGAUAAAUAAUAAAAUUAUUGUAGAAUUCUUAUAAUCCACCAUAA